AUGCUGGACGUCACGAUCGACGAGCGGCUCACCUUCAAGGAGCACAUGGCGGCAUGCGCGUCGAAGGCGUCGAAGGCGCUCGUGGGCGUCGGGCUGCUGGCGAAGAGUCGAGGCGGGCUGAAGGCGAAGUUUGUCCGGCGUCUUGUCGAGGCGGUGGUGAUGCCGCGACUGACGUGGUGUGCAGCUGCAUGGCACAAGCCGGGAACGACGGUCAGUAAGGGGCUAGAGCGAGUACAGAAGGCCGCUGCUCGCCUCGUCACGGGCGGAUACCGCACAACAUCUCUCGCCGCCCUCGAAGUCGAGGCAAAUCUCCUGCCGCUCAACCUGCGCCUGACCCACCAAGUCCUCCGCCUUGCUCUGCGUCUCGCUUCAAGUCCGUCAGACUCGGCGCUGCAUGCUCGCUUCAGCCACACACAGAACUGUCAGAUGCUGCCUCCGCUGCAGCUGCUGGUGCUCAACCGGCUUGUAGGCUCCGCCCAGAGCAGCCGGCGCGAGCUCCGUGGCCUGGGGAAAGCAGGAGUCGCUGCCGAUAAAGCGCUCCUGACGCUCGGGGCGUUCCUUGUCGACCUCGACUCGGUAGCCGGCACGACGCCCACCACACCCAAACCGACCACACCUACACGCCCUGCGACCAGCACAAAGGUCAGCAAGGCGCCCAUCGUCCAGAAAUCACCCCCAAAGUCGACAUGCUCUGACGCGCCGACCCCGCCCCCGGAACCUCCCUUGACCGCCAGGACGCUCGAGAAGGUCCUUCAGACCGCUCUGAGCCCUGUCUACGCCCGCCUCGACACCCUUGAGGCGUCACGAGCCGCCACCGCGGUGAUGCCGCCAACCCCUCCCUCAUCACCCCCACAACCCGCCGACGACGACCACGACCCCGGCAACCGCUCCUUUGCGGAAAUCGCAGCCGCUCCUGCUGCCCUCGCAUCAUGGCCACGUCCGUCGCCCAUCCCGGCCUCGCCGGAGAAGCCCGUUGCGAACUCGAUUGCCGCCAGCAGCCACCUCGUCCACCUCUACGCCCAGCCGGCCCUCUCCGUCGCGCAAGCCCGCCAGACCCUCGGCAUACCCGCCUCGGUCCCAGUACGCCAGACCAGGAAAGGAGACGUACUCGUCCACCUCCCAACCGCCUCAGUAGCCGCCUUCCUCCGUUCCACAGCCGCCGCCGCCGGCCUCGCUCCUGCCACCCCUCUUGCGCUGUUCGGGCUAGUUGUGCACGGCGUGCCGAGAACCGUCAAGUCAGAGGACGAGGUCGCUGAGGCGAUGGAAAGGAGGGUUGGCGAAGUCGGCGCCGUGAGGAGUGUCCGAGCGCUGCCGUCGAGGAGGGUGGGCGCGCCGUUCGGAUCGUACAUGGUGGUCCUGUGGAACAACGAGCACGUCAGCCACUUCGCCAGUGACGAAGGACGCCUCUGGCUCGCCCCCACGGUCUGCGCGAGGUGCGAGAGGGCGAGAGGGAAGAAAGAGAUGACGCACGAGGCGGAAGCGGGCAAGGCGGCGGAGAGGGUCGCGGGAGACGCAAAGCAGGAGCAGGCAGGUGUGAAGAGCAAGGAGAAAGUCCCAGCAGAUGGGCACGAGGUGAAGAAGCGGGAGAAGCGCGAGGAGAAGGAGAAGAAGGACGAGCUGGCGCGCGCGAAUCUCGCUAAGUCCGGCCGCGGCUCGCUCGCAACUUCGCCCUCGCUCGUCGGGAACAGAUGCAACUUGCCCAUUACAACCACUACAACGUCCUCUACGCCCUCGAACCCGUUCGAGCCCAUCCUCCCGCCCGGACUGUCCGAGUUCUCCAUCAAAAGGCACGGCGACGACGACUUCGGCGCCGUUCUCGACGAGACUGUUGAUUCUGCGGGGGCAAAGGGCCCGGGAAACGCACCUGUCUCGCCGUCGCGCCGCGCACAGACCACCACCAACCACCACAUCGACGCGACGCCAUCCACAGGAGCAUCUGCCCCCUCAACCUCCAACAUGAACCUGGCCGACGACUCCCCUCUUUCGCCGACGCUCGCGGCCCGCCGCCAAGACGCCUCAGCCCCACCCUACCUCGAGUCCGAACCCACCAGCGGAAUCUGGUCUCACAUCCCGUCGCCGCUCGCCGACCGCCCAACCCAGUACCGUGCCAUGCCGAUCAUCGAGUUCGAGUCGACGCCGAGCGAAGCCAACCAGUCCUGGGCGGACGAGACUGAGAAGGCGUUCCCAACGUCGAAGGCGGCAGUCGUGACAAGCGGGAAAAGGAGGGAAAGCGAAGAAGAAAAGUCGGAAGGGAAAGAGUGGAGAACAGUCGGAAAGGUGAAGACGCGGGUGCCAAAGCCACCGCCAGUGACGGCAAGGGGAGCGAUGGUCCCGCCCCGAGUCACCCGACCCCCUCGACCUUCUUUCCCCCUCCCAAUAAACAUGCGAACACUCACCAUCACCACGUACAACCUGAACCGCUCCGAAGACAACCUCCUCCGCCUCCUUGCCAACCCCAGCUCCGCAACCACCGACCUCCUCCUCAUUCAAGAACCACCCCGAGACCUCCCCGUCAUACCGUCGUCGUGGCGCCUCAUCAUCCCUCCACCAACUUCGCUCCCCGACGACGAACCCGCGCCCAUCCGCAACAUCAUCCUCAUCUCGAUCUGCCUCGGUCCGGCCGUCGCGACACAAGUUGCGGUCGAGUCAGGCGACGUCACGGCAGUCGAUGUCGAGCUGCUGCACGGCGAGAAGAUUCGCGUCAUCAGCAUGUAUAACCCCUGCAACGAAAGAGGGAGGGAGCUGCUCGCCUCAACGCCGCGGUCGUUCCUCGUCAUCAUCGCCGGCGACUUCAACCUGUCGCAUCCAGAAUGGAAUGAGUCAGUCGGCAAAGCGGACGAGGCGGCGGAAGAAGCAAUUGCCAUAUCCGCUGCAACGCCCUUCGGUCGCGCCCGAGCCGGCAGAGUCACACCCUGGUGGGACAAGGAGCUCGCAAAUGCAAGUAGGGCGGCAAGGCGCGCUGCCAACCGCGCGUUCCGAUUGCGGAGCAUCGAAGGGCGCAAGGAGGAAUGGGAAGAAGCCUGGCGAGAGAAGAAGAGGCGGAGGAACGAAAUCAAGACGAUGAUGCGGCGGAAGAGGGAAGAGUGGGAGGAACUCGAGAUGGCGAGCGUGACGGAGGCGACGCUCUGGACGACGGUCAAGAAGCGGAUCAGCAACUCCGCCGCCGCCAACACCUCGACCCCACCGCUCCAAAAGGAAGACGGGACGCACGCGACCUCUCCCUCCGACAAACUCGCCCUGCUACGCCCGCUUCUCCUCCCCACCGUCCCUCCCAACCCUCCCAACGCGCCCACAACUCCCCCUCAACCAGCCGCUCUCCCGCCAACUCCACCCCCACCCGCCUGCAAUUCCGACAUGUCACCUUCGCGCUGGACGGUACCGCAACCUGCAAAGGCGGAUGACGAGAGGAGAGUCAGCGGUGCACAAGUAAGCCCUGAGUUUGUUGUCCACCCCGCUACUCGAAAAGCAGACGAUCGCCGCGCGAGCGAGCAAGAACGCACCUCUACAGAAACAUCCAUGAGGACGAAGAAGACGGCGGCAGCGGCGACAACGGCGACGACGGCAGCAAACGCGACGAAGGCGAAGGCGAAGGCGAAGGCGAGGGCGAAGGCGAAGGCGAAGAUGGCGAUGUCGACGGCGACGGCGAACGACGAGGCGAAGGGAAGAGAACUCGAGGAGGCCGCACCGCACGUUCCGCCGACGCCGUCCUUGCCCUGGCCGGACCUGCACAAGGGCGAAGUCGAAUCAGCAAUCAUGCAGGCAUGCUCAUUCGCAGCGUGCGGACCGGACGACAUACCCAACCACGUCCUCCAACUGCUCCUCCCUCUCCUCCUCCCGCACCUCGUCUCGCUCUACCGCGCCUCCCUUUGCCUCGGCUAUGUCCCCCGAGCCUGGCGUGACGCCUCGUGCGUCGUGCUGCGCAAGCCAAAGAAGCCGGACUACCGUGAUCCAAAGGCGUAUUGGCUGAUCGCGUUCGAGAGGUGUAUCGCAAAGGGGCUCGAGCGAAUCGUCGCAGCUCGCCUAUCGCAUCUAGCCGAAUCGUUCGGGUUGCUGCUGCCGUUGCAUUUAGGCGGGCGCCGGAGGAGAUCAGCCGAAGACGCGGUCGUCUGCGUUGUCGACGAGAUUAAGGGUCAGUGGCGCGUAGGCAACGCGGUUGUCGGGCUCGCCCUCGACGUCUCCAAGGCGUUCCCAAGCGUUCAGACGGAGAGGCUCGUAACGAACCUGGCGACCCGUGGCUUGCCCAAACCCGCCUGCGACUGGAUCCGCUCCUUCUUGAGCAAGCGGUCUUGCACCCUGCAACUCGAAGGCGUUGUCAGCGAGUCAAUCGAGUGGAACAGCGGGCUACCUCAAGGCUCACCCCUCUCGCCGAUCCUCUUCCUUUCGUACAACGCGCCACUACUCGAGGCCUGCGAGAUGACGUCGACGUGCGGUUUUGGUUGGAUCAACGAUGUGAACGUUCUGUCCUGGGGCAAGACGGUCGACGAAGCGGUCAGUGCAAUGAACCGUAUCGUGCCGAAACUCGAGUCCUGGUCAGGCCUCCACUCCUCCGCCUUUGAGCCCACCAAGACGGAAGCGACCAUCUUCCUCCCAUCCGCGCGCUUGAUGCGUACCAACCCACCCCAAGUCGUCCUCCGCGGCCACCGUAUCGAGUUCAAUGCCACGAUGACAAUGCUUGGGACGAAGAUCGACUCACGGUUAUCCUUCCACGACCACACCUCCCUCUGCGCCUCCCGCGCCUCUAGAUCCGCCACAGCCAUAUUGUUACUCGCGCGAUCGAAGGCCGGCUUGAAACCGAAGUUCGUCCGUCAACUCGUGGUCGCAUGCGUCGUGCCGCGACUGGUCUGGGCGGGUGCGGCGUGGUACGAACCUGCGAAGGGAAGAGACCGAACGAGGGAAUUAGCGCGUGUACUCAAGACGGCGGCAAUGGCGGUAUGCGGUGGCUUCCGCUCCGCAGCAGGCAAAGCGCUCGAGGUCGAGUCCGGCCUCCUGCCCAUCCACCUCGAACUCGACCGCACAGUCUUCCGCCUUGGCCUCCGCGCACUGUCUGCGACCCCCGAGCACCCACUCCACGCCCGUACCGUCCGCGCUCGCCGCUCUCCAGCAAUUCGCCAUCCCUCCCCUCUCGACCGCGCACUCGACUUCCCGCUCCUCCACCACGCGACAUUUGAACCCAUUCACCCAUGUCCGAUCCCGCCUUGGUCACCAGACCCAGCACCACCAGUCACCCUCGCCCGCGGUAAGGAGAUGGGGACGUACGAGCACACCCAGCUCGUCAAGUCACUUCCCGCCGGCUCGCUCCUCGUCUACUCCGAUGGUUCCAUGGGCGAUUCAGGCGUGGUUGGCGCGGGGAUUGCGGGACGGCAGUGGGACGGCGAGUCGAAGGUCGUGUUGGACGAAGGAGAAGAAGUUGAAGUGGAGGAAUGGGAGUCGAGGAGCAAGGGUUUGGGUCAGUGUCAGACGGUGUACGCGGGAGAACUUGCCGGGAUCCAUCUCGCCCUCCAGGCAGUCCAACACACCGCUGACCCUCCUCCUCACAUCCUCCUGUCCGUCGACAACACCUCGGCACUCUCCCACUCGACCGACCCGAGCCCGUCGUCUGGCCAAUACCUUCGCCUCACGAACCGCGGACUGCUCGAGGAAAUCAGACGCACCCAAGUGAGCACCACGAUCCACCUCUCAUGGUCGCCAGGCCACGUCGGCGUUGUCAGGAAUGAAGCGGCGGAUCUGGCGGCGAAGGAGGCGGUGCGCAAGCUGGAGUCAGCGGCGCGCGAGCUGGAGUCAGCGGCACGCGAGCGGGAAGAGCGGAGGGGACGCAAGGCGCACCUGAAGGGGCGUCUGGCGUUUGUGCCAGAGAUGGCGGAGUUGUCGAGCGGGUCGAGCGAGGAGGAGAACGACAAGCAACACUUCUGUGCCGUCUCCAAACCGGUGCUUGUUCCUCUCAACGCCUACCGCGCCAAGUUCGAUGCAACUCGCGACCCGCUUUGCCCAUGCGGCGAGGAGGAAACCCGAGAACAUUUACUCCUUGCCUGCCCACUCUACGACGAGGCUCGUGACUCGCUCCUCAAGCACCUCCGCCUGCGCAAACUCCCCACUGUCGGCCUCCUCCUCGGCAACCCCUCCUACCGCAACCCUCUCCUCGACUUUCUUGACCGCACCGGCCGUUUCCCGCAACUUGCAAGGCCGCCAGAGGCGGACAAGACGGAUAAGGAGUAG